GAAAAAACUUGAAUUUAAUUACAUUCAAUCACGGCUCUUAAUAUCGGCUUUAUCACAGUUCUAUAAAGAAUAUAAUCGCUUAAAUUUUCUUCUCCUAAUAAGACAUUUUAUCGUUCGAGACGGAAGUGGCAUAAAAAUAGGAUUGCCAACAAAAUUCAGUGACGUCACAGGCAUGGAUGAGGUCUUCUAAAAUUACAUGAGAUCAAAAAAAAAACAAUUUCACGACGUACGAACUACAUUUUGGCGAGAAAUUAAAUAUUUAAGUGUUUGUUUCGGUGAACGGCGCGUGUGAAGUAUAAAACGAACGUUAAUAGAAGGUUUUACAGUGAAUUUCAAGACAGUUGUUCGUUUUGGUUGCUUUGGAUACAAAAAAAUAUAUUUAUAUUUUCCGAGCCACCAUGCAAAAAGCACCCACCUCCAAGUUCAAACUCUAGAAUGUGAAUACACCCACCGCCAAAAUGCCUGUCGUCUCGCCUUAUAUCAACAGCAGCUCCACUCUGUCCGGAUCCUACCGGUCCACCCUCUCCUCCUCGUCCAGCCUCGACAAGCCAUACUUCCGGUCCAGUAGCAGCAGUACCUAUUCAUCUUCCACCUUAAGAAACUCCUAUGGCGACCGAACCACAGAAUACAGAAGUAGAUACUCCGAUGUCGACGGUAAACGGGAAAGGAAAAGUUCCCUAGUGGAAUAUUCUAGGAAUUCUCGAGCGCCCAGCGUCACAGAUUCGGACAGUGGCGUAUCUACUAGAUUCAGAUCAGACAGAAGCGAAUCUAGAGGCAGAGAUGUUUCCACAACUAGAAGCGAAAGCAGCAAAGUUGAGCGUCCGAAAAGGAACUUCCCAACGUCUGCCGCUUUGGCGAUGUCCACAGCUGAACUAUAUAACAAAUACUCACCGGCGAACUAUAUUCCGUACACGCAAAGGAUACAGCAGCAACAGAAUGAGAUAGCGAGAUCCAAGUCGAUAUCGAGUGAUAUCGGGCGACCGCCGGCGUCUGAUGGCUCCAGGUUGAGGAAGCCUAGGAACUCCGCUGCCACGAUUAGCGAGAGGCCCGAAGGCAGGCGGUAUUACAAAGAAAGCUCACCCACAACCAGCUACGGGAAAAGAAACUCUAUGACCAAUGGAAAUAAGGAUAGCAAUGGCAAUGAGGUACCCUCAGUUUCUGAGAUACGAAAACGUUUCGAUCCAAAAAUGACAGUAACGAAACUGCCAGCGAACGACUCACGAUACUCCAAAACUGUCGACCAUUAUCUCAACCAGCUUAAAGACGUGGAGAACGGCACAGGGUAUACUAAAGUCGUCCCUAAGGACGAAAAGCCAGUGCCGGUCCACUCUUAUGAGAAAAACGGCUUUAACAAAUGGGAUUCUUCCAGUUCACGAUCAAACUCAAACUCAGACUUAUCAUUAUCUAAAACCAUAUCAGAACCGACAUCGCUAGCCAAGCCUGCGGUCGAGAAAAACGGCAUGUCAACAUCAUUAACAAUCAAGCUACCGUACGACCGGAUAGCUAGCAUUAAAUCUCAGUUAGACCCUAACAAUCCCAUAGGAAAGAUUCUAGAAAAAUCAACAGUCAUACAUGUAGAGAACGGGGACGAUGACCGCCUGAAGCGGAGCAGUCCCGAAAUCACACCAAAGUUGAAAGAAAUUAAGAACGAUAUAGAGAAACAAGUAAAAGCACCGCACUCAUCUAACUUUGCUUCGUAUAUACAGAUCUCACAGCCUAUAGCGUCAGGAACAACCACGAAAGAAGAAGAAGAGCCUAGGAAAUCCAAACCCAGUUUGAAAUACAUAGAUUCUGAAGAAGAUAGAUUAGUGCUUGAUAAUGAUAUAGACUCCCCAAGUGGUACAGGUUUUGAAAACAAAACUUUUGAACACGAAAAUUUCCUUAAAAAGCGGAGUGAAAAUCUUGAAAGUGAAAUAGAAGAUGGUAUCAAAUCCAUGGAAACCAGUACGGAGAGUACUGUUAGUGAACCCACGGAAGAUUCUAGUCCUGAUACUCCUUCUUCUAGAAGAAAGAUCUUGGACGCGAACGAUAUUGAAGAUAUCAAAGCGGAAUUAGCGGGUGGGAAGAGCGGGGGGAGCGGGCUGCGGCGUAGCACCGAGAGGGAGCGAGACACCAUAAGCGAGAGCCGCGAGAAGUCGCAGGUUAGCGGUCUAAAUGGUCUCCGCAACAUCGGCAACACCUGCUUCAUGAACAGCGUCAUCCAAUGCUUGUCCAACACCAAACCCCUGCUGGAAUAUCUCGACCAGGAGCAGUACACAUCGGACAUCAACACCACACUCUCCUGCAUGAAGGGCGCGCUCAUAAAAGCGUUCGCGUCAAUGAUCAAAGAGCUGUGGGAGCCCGGCGAGCGUGACGCCGUGGUGAACACCACCUCCUUCAAGUCGCAGGUGCAGCGGUUCGCGCCCAGGUUCAUGGGCUACAGCCAGCAGGACGCCCAGGAGUUCCUCCGCUACCUGCUGGAAGGUCUACACGAGGACGUGAACCGGGUCACCGUCAAGCCAAAGCCGAUCCUCACUGAAAUAGACGACAGCCUCAGCGAUUCAGCCAAGGCCCAAGAGGCGUGGCAGCGCUACCUUCGUAUGGAAGACAGCCGAGUCGGCGAUAUAUUCGUCGGCCAGCUCAAGUCCACGCUCCGCUGCACGCAUUGCAAAGCUGACUCCGUCACUUUCGACCCAUUCUGGGACCUUAGUUUGCCGAUCCCGUCGCGGACGGGCAACCUCAAGCUGCAGCAGUGUCUGCAACACUUCACCAAGGAGGAGGAGAUGGAUGGAGACGAGAAACCGACGUGUUCGCGGUGCGGCGUGCGGCGCAAGUGCCUCAAGUGGUUCACUGUACACAAGUUCCCGCAGGUGCUAGUGCUGCAUCUCAAGCGGUUCUCACCAACGGAGCGUUUCCGCGGCAAACUGAAUGUGGUGGUGGAGUUCCCUCUGACAGGGCUGGACAUGUCGCCGUACGCCGCCAGCAAGUCGCAACAGGCCGUCUACAACCUGUACGCGGUCAGCAACCACUCAGGCACGACAUACUCGGGACACUACACGGCGUACUGCAAGCACCCAUACACGGGCGACUGGCAUGAAUACAACGACUCGAGAGUGACUCCAAUCAACCCGCGCAACGUGGUGUCGUCGGAGGCCUACGUGCUGUUCUACGAGCUGGCCCGCUCCUAGUGUACGCCAGUCAAUACAUACUAAUACUAGCCCAGUCAACGAGGUGCUCCUACUUUGAUCACUAUUGCUCCGUCCGCUAUUCAUCAUGAUACAGCGUACAAUGUUUAUACGACAACGGUUUCACUCACUUGAACAUAGGCAAAACAUCCUCCAGACUGAGCAUAGUCGCGCUACCCCCUCUGCCACGCAUACGGUAAAUUUACUCCAUGUUCGAGUCGAAAGUAUCUUUGUGUGACGUCCGUGAACUCGUUCGUCGUUUGAACGGACCAAUCACAGCACGGAAUCUCGCUAACCUCGUCCCGCGCACCCCCGCAUUUUUGGUAGCAUCGGUUGCAUGAAAUAAUUGCUCUAAACUCCGUCUAGAGGAUUCCUAGUCUAUGCACUUGAAUUUUUAGUCGCUAUUGGCGACAUGUUUUGGGCCCGUCGGGGGCCCUUCCUCAGGCUCGAGUGCUCGCGGCGACUGCAAAAAAUUCAAGUGAGUGAAACCAUUUUAAAAUAUGUCUCACGAAAGUUUAGUAUCGAAUACAGAGUACACUUAUAGGAUUAUAAGGAUUUAAUAUCAACGGUUUGUUAGAUUUGACGAACAGUUAUAAAUUAUCAAAGCCCGGUUUGACGGGAGCAAAAAUGCAUUUUUUUCUAGUGCUUAAAAUAUGGACUAUUCUAUCGACAUCCAUACGAAAUUUUUUGAAUCAGAAUUAGAAAUUUAUUGAUUAAACAAUUGUAUAUUUCGAAAAUUAUAUAAAAUAUUUAAAAAAUACAAACAGUCCAUUUUAAUUUUGUGUACAACUAUCGGCCCGAUUCGAGCUUUAAGAUAAGUCAAUUAAUAGAUCUAGAAACUAUAUGGAUUUGAUACGUCAGUGUCAAAUGUGAGGUUUCUUCAAACAAAAACGUCACUUUUGACACUGAUAUAUACUAUCGUUUCUAGGUCUAUUAAUUGACGUAUCUUAAAGUUCGAAUCGGGCAGUAUAAUACUUCUUAAUUUCAUAACGGUGGUACAGUACAUCGUGUUUUUAUAUCGACAUGUGUCCUCGUACUAUUGAGACGUCAGCACAUAAUUUUUCCCGUCAAAACGGGCUUUGUUUAUAAAUAACGCCAUAUAAGUUUAUUUCAAAAUUUGUUUUUUUUUGGACAAAAAAAAUUUUUUUUGAAAGAAAACCUAAACGUAAUUAUUUUUUACUGUUACCGAUAUUUGGUAUACAUAGUUAACUUGUAUUUUUUUAUUAUAUCUAAGACCACAUGAAACCCAUAUUCUACAGCUCAAAUCACGUGAAUCUCGGACGGUAUAAAUAAUGGCGAAAACACCUCGUUGACUGGAGUAAAACGAAGUUGUUUCAAAUAAACUAAGAAAAAGUAUUUAUGUGAAAUAGUCCGCUGAAUAUUGUUACCAAAAUGUUUCGAAUCGGACCAAGCUAACUAUGCAUGACAUUUGUAAUUACAAAGUGUGGCGUGUCAUCAUUAACACAUUCAUUGCCACUAAGUGCUGUGGGUUACGCUCGUAGUGCGUAGCCACGUUUUCGCCGUAUGGAGCGCGUAGUCGCUACGAACAGUGUACCCGACUGUCGGGUUCUUGGCCUUGAAUGUGUUUAUGUCAAAUUUCUAUAAAAAUAUGACGUUUAUAAUGACGCUCCCACACAUUGUUAAGUUGUUAAGCUUGGACGGACUAUUGAAUAGUUUUUUUGAAACGGCUUCAUAAAGAAUACAAUUAUGACGCAGUUAAAAUGGAUAACUUUAUGAGAAACGAGCAAUUUUCGUUGUAUAAAUAAGUUAGGAGUUACCAACUUAUAUUUUCGUACGAAAUAUAUGUAAUAUUCAUAGUUUGGUAUCAAUAUUUUUUAGCAUUUAAUAACAUUAUAUUAGUGAACAUAAAAUUAUACAUUGAUACGAUAAAUGUGGCUCUCCAUCACAAAAGGGUCCCUGGUUCAUGUGUUCUGUUGGAAUUUUAGAUAAAAAUGACCUUAUUGCACUUGAAGUAUAAGGAGCCUUCUGUGAUGGAAAGCCACAAAUAAAUAAAAGAAGACACUUAUUUCGUUGAGUUUUAAUACGGACGCCUGCAGGCUACGGUGUCCGCUUACCAUCAGACGGUCCGUACUCUUAUUUGCCACAUGAACGAAAAAUUGCUCGUUUUAGCCAUCUUGCCUCUAAACUGCAAACUUUAGUUUUAAAUAGAAAUAAGAUAAAAUUAAAAAGAGUGGACAAAAUACUAUAGAGAUUUUUUUUUUCAUAGCAUAGACCAGUUAACAAUAACGACUGAUAUACGAAGUUGCGUUAUUCUUGUUAAAAAGGCGCUGUCUCAGUUCCAUAUAUUGUUUAUGGGCCUAUGAGCUACGCAAGUGUUAUAAUUAUAACGCCAUCGCUAGUUAUCAAAUGUGACGUUCCACGGGAAAGGAUACCUUAUGGAGGUCGGCGCUUAAGACACGAAGCACCGCAUUAUAGUAUGCGCAAAACAGACGACUGGGGUCAUAUCACUGUCUCUCUCACUCUACCUACGACCACGCGAGUGUGAAUGAGAAGUUUUACGACCCCGGCCGUCAGUUUGCGUCUACUAUAGUAUUGGCGCGUUGUUAAUAAUAGCGUAGUUAUAAGGUACCUUUACCCGUGGAAUGUCACAAAUGGUGUUUUUGACGGUCUGUUGUUAACUGGUCUCUGGUUGAUAGUAUACAGACGCGUUAAAGUUGUAAAUUGCGUCCUUAUGUACAUAUGAGUGUAUAUGCUUAUUUAAUUAUUAAUAUAUAAAAUGAUAAAUAUAAAAAUAAUUUAUUAAACUAUUUAUUGUGAAUGUUAUUUAGUAUAUCCUGAUUAUGUGAGGUAAGUUGGGGUAAUCUUGAAAAUAUAACUUUUACUGAGAAAUUACGUUAGGUACGAAAUUAGUUAAUAGGCCCCGUGCGUGAACUAUAGGGGGCAGCAUAGGAUCCGUCAGAUUUUUGCGCGAGGCGUAAAUGUGUCGUUUAUGCUUCCGAUGUAGCCCACAAGAUGGCAGAACCUACUAUGCACAAGGAAACGUACCGACGAGAACGGUAGAUGGUAGCACUUGCUUUUGCAAAGUACAUGUGCACAUAUGUUUCCGAUUCAGGCCACAAGAUGGCAGACCCUCCAACGCGCACGGUCCCUAUAACUGUUUACUAUUGAAAUCGAAAUAACCCAAAAAAUGUUUUUUUUUUAAAGUAAUUAGUACACUUUUUAGAAAAAAGUUAUUUAGGCCAAAUCUCACCUCACACAAUUUGGAUUCUCACCUUUAUUAGAUAACUAAGGUCCACUUGCACCAUCCAACUAACUCGGGGUUACGUGAUUAAACCGUUAACCCAGUGUCAAAUUGCACUGGUAACCAUGGUAACACCCGGUUUAACCGGUUAACCCCGGGUUAGUGAAUUGGUGCAAGUGGCGCUAAUUGUAUUACUGCAUUACGGUUUUCUAGUAUUAUUUAUAAUUAUAACUGACUAUCAGGAAAGUAUUUAAAAUAUACGUAAGUUAACAAUGGGGUUGGCAACUGUCAAAGGUUUGCAUAGAUGGCGCCAUCAUAGCUGGCCCCUUUUUAAAUAAGAUUUGGCUUAAAGGGCUGGCAUCCAGGGCAUUAAAAAUUACGUAAUUCUAGGGCUUGACAGGACAAGCUAUGGUAGCGCCAUCUGCUAAAUGCUUCGACCGGCGAACCACAUUCUGUUAAAAUACGCUGAAAAUAAAAAUAUACAUUAAAACCUUAAUACGAUUAUAAAUUUAAACUUAAAGGAAAAAAAUAUUAAAUCGUACAAAGGGCUUUACUGUAUUUUAUAAUUCAAGAAUGUGUCCGUAUACCAAUACGAUCUGCGUGUAGAAUAAAAGAGGUGCUUUGGGGUAAUUACGAACGGCCAGUAAUUCCAUAAUUCGACUGUUAUAUUUCUCAAAUUCAUGCUAUUAUAUAAUUUUGAUUUCACAUUAUAACUUAUGAAUAUAAGCAAAAAAGUCCUACGAAAAAAAUCGUGGCCUCUAAUUUAAAAGCUAAAAUAGAUGGCGUUAUAGUGCGCCAUAAAUUUUGUGGACACUGAAUCGAAAUUGCGAACCGAAUCUAUAUAUUAUUGUAAUUCAGUUGCCAUCAGAUAUAUCGGAGCGGCCAAUGUGUUUAAAAAUAUCUGAACAUGCACUUUAACGUCUUGAUAUUACAGGUUUUGAUUGACUGAAUAUUACAACUGGUUUUGACUGGACUGGUUUUGUUCAGAUAUUUUUGAAUACUGGCCGCUCCGGUCUAAUGGUGACUGUUUAGCAAUACAGCGCCAUCUGUAUCAGCUGUCAAAUUUAACGAAUUUGUUUUAUACUUUAUACUAUCAGUGAACGUUUGUUUUAAGUGUAACGCGUAAAAGUAGAGAUGUUUCGUAAUAACCCCAAAGCACCUCGUACAAAGUUCCCUCCACCAUAAUGUUAUAUUCUCACAUUUAUAAUAUAAAUAUUUAAUGCAAAAGCUUUAUCAUUGAUAGUCAAUUCGUUUUAAAUUUGUUGAGUUUUUAAAAAUCUAUCGAGAAAUUAGGUUAUUACAUUAAUUGUACUUAUGUCACGUGAAGCUUGGUUGGAGUUGGAUUACUCAUAAUUUAAGCUUUUUUAACAAAUAUACAUACACCGUGGGCCUUAGAGCAUUUAAUAACUGGAAUCGCCUUUAAGAGCUUACCCCUCUGCCGAAAACCGGCUAUUUGUACUAGGGAUGUUGCGGAUAUUCGCAUCCGCAUCCGCAAACAUCCAUGAUUUUCAACAUCCGCAUCCGCAUGAAAUCGAUGCGGAGCAUCCGCAUGAUGCGUAUGUCGACCAAGUCGGUAACAGGGACGUAUUAGCGGCGGCGCCGGCGGCGUAAGUGCUAGGUAAUUUCGUCAUUAUAUACAACGAAAUCGUCUAGAUCCCGAAAAGUCGGCCAAGUUACAGUUUAUUAAAUAAAACGCACCUAUAUUCUUGUUCAAAUAUCUAAACGUUUCGUUUAUUUUUAAUAAAAAUUGCUAAAAAUGAAAUAUUUGACGUUUUUUAAGUACCUAAUCUUGACAUCCGCAUCCGCGGAUGUGAGACUUUAAAUAUCCGGAUCCGCGGAUGUCAAAAAAUCUGCAUCCGCAACAUCCCUAAUUUGUACGUUACGUGCAAAUCAUGUAGAAAUAGCAAUACAUUUGACGUCCCCUCCCCCGCAAACAUCGGCAGACUGUUUUGUACAGAAAAUGACAGCCACGACGUCUCCAGUUACUAAAUGCUUUAAGCCGUGGGCCAAUUAAACCCCACAGAUUUUAACCACGCAUUCCAGAGGUCAUUAAAGGAGCAAAAACUGUUAUAUGAAUUUUGGGCAAAAAGUUUUUUUUUACAGAAAAAAAAUUUUUUUUGGCAUUUUCUGCACACAACACGUUAUUUCUUUUUACAUCUUGGCGAAAAAAACAUUAUAACGAAUAAAUUAGAAUUGCGAGUUUUCUUUAAAACUUUAGGUAAUGUUUGUCAGUAGGUGUGUCUAAAUCAAGUCACAUAGUCGCAGCGUCGCAGACAAAACUGCGUUUUUCACUAAGUUUUUAUAGAAAAUAAAUUUCACAAAAAUUUACAUUAUCUCUAAAACAAGAUCGAUUUCAGGAAACUUUGUAUGACAUUUAAAUCUCGAAAUGCAGUCAAGAAUACACCUUUAAAAUCUCUCCGGUUUAAUAGGCCCACGGUGUAUAUCAAUGCUCUUAAUAUGUGAUAAACUUUGAUAUGGAAAUUAUAAGGAGUUUUCGGAAACUAUAUGCCUAGCAGAUAUCGGAUUUUACGUGGCAAUUUUAACCUUUUCGACGCCGUGUCAAACACAAAAGCUGUCACUCUGACGCCAACGUCACCGCUACUUAUGACAAGGCAGUAUGGCAUAGAGCUCUAGCCUGUCCAGAUGGACGAAAAAAAAAGCCAACGUCACCGAAGUGUCAAAACUGAAGUUGAACUUUAUGCAUAUGCACAUAGUGUCAUUCUGAUUCUGACGACCCGUCUGGCAUAGUGGGUAGUGACCCUGCCUAUGAAGCCGAUGGUCCCGGGUUCGAAUCCUGGUAAGGGCAUUUAUUUGUAUAAUCAUACAGAUAUUUGUUCCUGAGUCAUGGUUGUUUUCUAUGUAUUUAAGUAUUUAUAUAUUAUAUAUAUCGUUGUCUGAGUACCCACAACACAAGCUUUCUUGAGCUUACCGUGGGGCUUAGUCAAUUUGUGUAAAAAAUGUCCUAUAAUAUUUAUUUAUUUAUUUAUUCUAUGGAACUUGCUAACUAUGUAAACAAACCGCCAUAUUGAAAUUGUCUUUGAAUGAUGAAUUUACUAGUGACUUGUUUACAUAGUUAGCAAGUUUCAUAGAAUGACACUUUAGGUCUAUUUUGCUCUGUGGUCUGUGAGGGAUUAACCCGUCUUAUCGGACUUACGGUGCGGAUAUAUCCGUCGUUGGCGUGGAAAAGGUUAAAGGACAGGUAAGGAGUUCCUAUACUUGCUGUAACGAUAAACUCAAUUUAUAUAUUCUUACUAAAAUAAAAUUGAUAUUCGGUUUAACCUCUUGGACGCCAAUGACCGAUAUAUCCGCACCGCAGGUUCAACGCCAAAGACCGAUUAAUCGGUCACAGACCACAGAGCAACAUAGACCUACUACGUGCAUAUGCAUAAAGUUCAAUUUCAGUUUUGACACUUGGGUGACGUGGCGUCCGCGUGACAGGUUUUGUGUUUGACACGGCGUCGAAAAGGUUAACAGUUUCUAUCAUUAAUUCGUCUCUGUUAAACAAAUUCGGAUCAUCACAAAUUCACAAAUAUAAUUACUUCUUGUAAUUUCUAUAUCACUGUAAAAAAGUGUCGUUUCUAGAGAAAAGGGAUCACUGCGUAUACGUGUACGUUAUUUUUAACAUGUUUAAAAAUGUAAGCAACGCAUAUGUUUAGCUGUUUGAGUUGCAAGCGUCCAUAUGCCACUGUAACCGCUUACUAUCGUACGAUAUGUAUGCUCGUUAGCCACCGAGUGAAAAAGAAAAUAAACGUGACCAAUCAUGCCUUCACUGGUGCCUUUUCUUUGAAGGUGACACUACCCCGCGCGACAAAUGAUGGCGCCUAUGACAGUUCUGUUUUAUAUGGAGUAGCUGCCACGUAAAUUUUUUUUAUUAUUUAGGACAUUAAUUUAUUUAGAACUAGCCACCCGCCCCGGCUUCGCACGGGUUACCCAAAACCUUAAAUUAUACACCUAAAACUUCCUCAAGAAUCACUAUUGAUAGGUGAAAACCGCAUUAAAAUCGGUUCAGAAGUUUUUGAGUUUAUCGCGAACAUACAUACAGACAGACGUGCCGGGGGACUUUGUUUUAUAAGGUAACAAUCAAAUAUUAAAAGACUUACUGUCAUAUUGCUUUAAUAUUUUUUUAAUAAUGCUUAAUCAGAAGAUACUUGAAGCACAGAAUAAAUAAUAGUACUACCGUACAGAAAGGAAACUUCCUACAAAACCGAAGUUUGACAGCGAUUCAGGGUUGAAUCAUGCUGUCCCUUUCUUUAGGCUAUUUAGAGUUGUCAAAAUUCAGGUCAUUAUCUUAUCUGUGGUCGUGCACGCAAAGGGUCGUCAAGUUGUGUCAACCCUAAUAAUUGCUCGGAGCAAUGCUGAGCCGAGCGGAGCCGAGUUAGCCCGAAGGGAGGAGUUUCGCACCCCUGCUUGAAGUAACUGUCACAGGGACCAUCAUUCGACGCGAGCGGUAUAAAUUAGUUCCUUCACCCAUCACAUUAUUUAUUACUCUAAUAUCGAGAAUGUUGCCAUCUCUGUCCCCCACUAAAAUAGGUUUAUUUCGUCAGGUGACAAGCAAAACUCACUAAUUACUAAAAAAUAAUUAAACAACAAUCAACCUUAUUCGAGUACUGAUAUGGUUCACUAUGGCUAUGACCUUGUGGUGGUAAUUAGUGAGUUUUGCUUGUCACCUUGACGAUUUAUACUUUUGAAGUUAUGCGUGAAACAAUACAAAUUUAUCUGAGCUAAAUAUUAUGUACAGUUUAUCUAUAAUAUGAGUGGUUCUGUAAGCUGUAGGUGUAGACCUCGCGAAUACCCAAGGCUCCGCCAUUUUCAAAUAAAUGUGAGGCCAUAUGAGUCGUUUUCAAUUAAAGAGUACCACAUUGUUGUCGAUAAAUUGAAGCUAUAUGGAAAUAGCGCCUUCUUAGCAACCGACACUAAGUACCCUUUUGGUUGAGAAUGGCACAUUUUUGAGGUUUUUCCGAGGGCCUACAGUAUCCUUAAAAAAAGGAGUGUACAGAUUUUUAAAGGGUUGGGACCGCGCAUGUAACAGGUCUGAAGUUGCAGGAAUCCAUAGGCUACGAUGAUGGCUUACCAUCAGACAGGCCGUAUGCUUGUUUGCCACCGACGUGGUAUAAAAAAGCCCAGUCUAUAUACGUCACACUGUACGGUGUAAGGAAUCACAAAAAGGUACUAUUUUGGUAUUGGCUCAGAUAUGUAUGUAUGUGUGUCUGUGGGGCCGUAAAGGUAAAAAUCAUUAUAUAACAAGAGGGGGCAUAUAUUGUAAUUAUACAUAUUAUAUUCAGAAUAAUACCUAUAUUAUUAACUCCAAAUGAAGAGAUAAUUAAGUGAUGUUUUCACUUGCGUUGAAUAUUGUUUAAAUUUUAAAUGGAUGCUAAUACUCGGUCCCUACAGAGUUGUAUGGAAAAAUAAAAUAUUGCAUUUUG